CCCCAUUUGUUAAAGCAACACAACAUUCAUUGGCUAGCAAAUAGAACACAGAACACGUACACAGUUUUCCACACAAUAUUACACAACACCAUGCAUAAGCGUAAACGGCGGUUUCUAAAAAAAGGAGAAAACCUUAUGAUGCUGCGAGCGAUACGAUUGGAAAAAGCAAAAAAGGCUGAGCAGCAGAAAGAGCUGACCAUAUUCAACGCUAUAACCAAAUGCAAAUUAACCUCCUCGGAAGUUAUUCCUGGCGUCAAGGAGUUGCUGCAGAACAAUACGAUAGGAAACCUGGUGGAGUCGCUUGGCCGCGGAAAUAAGAAGAAAAUUCGAGCCGACGCCGCAGAUGCUCUAGCUCACAUAGCCAGUGGCUCAGCUGAACACUCAAAUUUAAUUGCUAAAGCUGGCGCGGUGCCUCGAUUGAUUCGCCUUUUCCAAUCAUCCGAUCCUGAAGUCAGUGAUAAGGGAGUUUUGAGCUUGGGAAAUCUCUUACACUUUGCUCCGAACCUACGCGACUUUAUCAUCAGUCACGGAUUCGUGGAAAAGCUGUUGGCCAUAAUUCAGGAUACAAACACUUCCACUCUAAUUUUGAGUGACUUAACCUGGGUUCUAAGGAAACUGUGCAUUAGUCCUCAACCGUCGCCACCUGAUGAUAUAGCUGGCAUUAUUCAGGCAUUGAACAUUCUAUUGUACAAACCAGAGGCCAAGAUUCUGGAAGACUCUCUUAUGGCAGUGCGUAAUUUGGCCCACGGAAGUGAGAUGAUUCAAAUGCUUCUUGGCAGUGAAGUGAUACCCAGGAUCAUUUAUCUACUGGAGCAUGAUGAUGCCAUGGUUCAGAAGGCCGCGGUUCAAGCCCUGAGAAAUAUUGCAUCUGGAUCCGCGGAGCAGAUUCAAGAGUUGCUUAAGCACAAUCUUUUGCCCCAUAUAUCGGCUCUGAUGUCGCAUAGCGAUGCAGAUAUUCGCUGUCAAGUUCUUUGCCUUUUGCUGAACGUCGCCGAUGGAAAUCAUUGCCAAAGACAAGCCAUUAUGAACGCAGGUUUUCUGCCCAAAAUACUGGAGAACUUAAAAGCCGAAGCGAUUCCCUUGAAAUCUGCAGCUGCCUUGACAAUCAGCAUGCUGGCCAUUGAUAAGGACAAGAAUCUCCUGUGCUAUCUUAUGAGACAGGGUGUUAUCCCGGAGUUCUGCAAUUUACUGUUCUACGAGGACACGGAAGUCAUAUGCAAUUUGCUCCAAGUCCUCAGCACCAUGCUAGAAGUGGAGCCAUCUUUUACGGCCGAGGUGACCGGCAUCAUCGAAUGGAGUGGAGCUCUGAACAAUAUCAAGAUGCUCCAAGGCAACGAAAAUGAGGAAAUCUCCUCGGUGGCACGUAAAAUCAUUAGUAACUACUUUUCCAACUAAAUUCUGAUGUUUUUCAUCUUCAUUAUUCAUGUAAUUUUAUACUUUUACAGCCAAAUUCCAAAACUUCUACUUCAUCAAGUUGUUUUAUAUUGAGUACAAGUUUUGGUUGAACAUAAAUUUAUUUGUACUACAUACAUAUAGUUGAAGUACGUCCAU